AUGAGCGGCCGUGUUACCAAGGCGCGUGCCCGCCGCUCUUGCGGGAAACCAUCCACGGCCUUGCAAGAGAAGCUGCUGGACGCUGCUGCAGACAAGGUGCGGCAGGAGACGGCUCUGCAGCAGCCGAAGCCGUCCUUGGUCGGACAAGUCUCUCCGGCCACGCGGUUGUGGAAACGGCACAUCGGCAGCGACGACGACACUCAACACCAACUAAAGCGGGCGCGGUUGACGCGCAAAAACUUGACCCUGUUCGACACGAUGGGGAGGAACAAGGCAUCUAAUCAUGUGGCUCCCUCCGACUCCGUCGUCGACUCGUCGACAAAAACCACCUCGACAACGACGUCUGGUUUCGCCAUCCAAGCCUACGAAAACGGCAUUCUUGAACCAGGAUACUCCAAGCCCCCCACCAACCUCAGGGAUAUCCGCAAACGACUCGCCCAACGCCGCGGAACAGCUUCGCCCACCGAGUCGGUGUACGAGGACUACGUCGACAGGGUGCAAGGAGCCGGCAACGAAGCGACCAUGGUUUUCGAGGUGGGCGCCAAGCUGUUGAAGGGGUAUCCCAAAGGUUACAAACGGGUCUUCAAUCGGACCUUCACGCGCUUUCCCAAGGAUGCGGGCUUCAAUAACGGCCUGUCUGCUCCUCGGCCCGACUUCAUCGAGGGUCUUGAGAUGGGAGAAUUUCGCCCCCUCCCAGUCCACAAGCAUGUCGACGGGGCUGCUCUUUAUCAGGACGACCCCCGUUCCGUGGUAUUGCCCCAUUUGGCCGGGGAGUGGAAGGGGCGCGGAAAGUAUAUGGACCAAGCGAGGCUACAGAGCGCCUAUGACGGAGCCGCCCUUGUGUAUGCGCAGAACCAGGCCCUUUGCUACGCGGGGAAGUCUGGCCCCCUUGGCCAUGCCGAGGUCACGACUUUCACCACCGACGGCACCAACCUCAACUUCUAUGCACAUUAUGCUGCUCCGUCCGAGGACGGCACGCUUGAAUACCACCAGUAUCAGUAUGCCUCGGCAAACGUCAAGGACACCCACCAAGGGCACAAAGAUGGCAGAAGAGGGCUUAGGAACCAACAGGACCAUGCGAGGGACCAGUCAUACGCCCUGAGGGACCAGCUGAAGGAGCACUGGAAGAAGCGUCGCAACGCCCUCCAACCCAUCGCCAAGGAGGGUCCUCUACCCGUGUCGGACAAGGAGCCGUCGGUUGCGACGAAUGUAUACCGAGAUGACGACGAAGACGGUGCCGGCUACGAGGUGGUCGAGCAACCCUAUCAGCCCACGCCCCCGGCGUCGUUCAAGCUAGAACGCCAGCUCAACCAUGGCAAAGCGCCAAGUUCUCACUCUGCAUCGUCGAGGUCGCUACCACCUGCGAAUGACUGCGAUGGCGGCAGCAGUGUCCAAAAACGAAAGGCUUCGUUGUCGCAGGCAUCCUCUCGCGAGUCCCCCAGACAAAGGAGCAAGGGAGAAGGCUGA